CAGAACUCUGACAUGAGAUGAUCGAGUAGAGUACACCCGUCAUGUUUAUGUAUAUUUUACCUCUUGGAGCUCGAGCAGCCACAUACAACUCUUCUUCUUUGUUUCCGUGUCCAUCAGAUUCAUGCCCAUGAAUUCUGCCCUUUACAGAACAUCAUCCACUACUAAGAUCCGCUAUUCUAUUAUCAGCCCGGUGAUUCUCUCUGUUGUAUCUCUGCAACAUUUUUGUUCAUUCCAUAUCUAUCAAGCCAUGAGUGGACCAAUCAAAACACAGAGCAUUCUGGACAACGCACGCAUAGCGCCUGAAAUAUUUAAGCUGCGCCCGGAUUAUCGAGCCCUCCUAGUACAAGCCGAGGGCAUCCCUCCAGGGCCCAGCGACGCAGCCAGUGAGGCCAUGUUGAGAGAAGCAGAGGAACACGUCAAGAGCCUCACGUCGACCCAAUCCGUCAUUGAGCUCCCCCAUAUCGCAGCUUGGCGAGAAGCUUACAAGGCCUUCGGCGCCAAGCCCCAGCGCACCCGCAAUAGCCUGGAAGCCCUGACACUUCGUGUUGAUAAGGGCGGUCUACCGCGCGUUAACCGAUUGACAGAUAUUUAUAACGCUAUUUCUGUCAAGCAUCAGAUCCCGUUUGGUGGCGAGGAUCUGGACAAGUAUAAUGGAGCGCCCUUCUUGAUCCGCGCCACUGGGAAGGAAGAAUUUCACACUACGGCCAGUGGACAGCCCUCGAUAGAGCUAGCAGCUCCUGGGGAACCUAUCUGGUGUGAUAGUACUGGCAUUACUUGUCGUAGAUGGAAUUGGCGACAAGGUCCACGGACUGCGCUAACGGACGAGACUACCCGUGUCCUCUUUAUCCUGGAUGCUCUGAAGCCACUGUCUGACGAAGAGCUUGUUAAAUCUGCUGAGGAACUCUGCAGUGCACUCAAGGCACUAUCGCCGGCAGUGAAGACAUCUUAUCGAGUUCUCAGCGGUCCUGCAUAGGCUAGGUUGGCUAGUUUUGAUUCAGAUGGAAAUACAUAAUGUCUGUAUUGUUCACUAUCCUACACUCUUUGUAGUUCUUUCCGUUGCUUAUCUAUACUGCUCAAAAGCUAGAACCCGAAGCCUGACAUAGACUGCUGAUUACUGAUAAUUCCUCUCGUUUGUGAACUCUAAAAGCCACUUAUCAAGAGUCGAAAUAACCAGGC